CACACGGCAGCGUACAGUCUCUGGGAGUGUCCGUGUGCCGCUUACAACUUUUAACAGACAGUUUUCAGCUUUGUCCCUGGCUGAACUUGGACUGGACGGGAUUUCUCACCCCCCCCUUCACCAGAUUUCCCCCCAAAAUGACAGACCAGGUAGUCACUGAAGUAAGUACCAAGCCGGCCUGUAAAGUAACAGACCAAAGUCUCACUGAAGAAGAAACCAAACCAGCUUGCAAAUUGACUGACCAGGGACUCAAUGAAGAAGAUAUGAAGGCAGCAUGCAAGGAGGGAAAUCCGAUCACUAAAGAUUAUAUGAUGCAGCAGACCAUGCUAAGGGUGAAGGAUCCUGUAAAAUCACUUGACUUCUAUACACGUAUCUUGGGCCUCACAUUGUUGCAGAAGAUAGAUUUCCCCUCCAUGCACUUCACACUGUAUUAUCUUGGCUAUGAGGAUAAGAAAGAAGUCCCUCAAGAAGUGAAAGAGAGGACAGCCUGGACUUUUUCCAGACGAGCCACCAUUGAACUCACUCAUAACUGGGGAUCAGAAGCUGAUGAACGCCUUCUCUAUCACCAUGGAAACACACACCCUACAGGCUUUGGUCAUAUAGGCAUUGCUGUUCCAGAUGUAUAUGCUGCCUGUAAACUCUUUGAAGAGCUGGGGGUCACAUUUGUGAAGAAGCCAGAUGAGGGCACGAUGAAAGGACUAGCAUUCAUUCAGGACCCAGACGGCUACUGGAUCGAGAUUCUGAGUCCAAACAAUAUGGUGUCUCUGACCUCAGAGACAAAGAGACCCUCAUCUACCCAGAGUGAGACAUCAGACACAGCGUGAUGGCUUUGGUAGCCUAACCCUAAAAAUACGAGGUCUCAGUCAAGACCUCAGUCGGGUCUCAGGCAUCAUAUAGCACAGUUUUAAUCUGUUACAGUGAGUCUGUGAACUCGCCUGCUUAGUGUUAUGUGACUGGAACUGAUAUUAUUUAUGUUCCAUAAAGUGUAAUGUAAGUCUGUGGAUUUUGCAAAUGUGUGCAUCAUUUCUAACAUGUAAGAAAAACUGUUUUCAUCUGA